UCUAAUAGACACAAAUAUGGCCACCGAAAUCGCAAUUGACACGACUAUGGGUUCUUUCGUCGUGGAACUCUACAACGACCAUGCGCCAAAGACUUGCAAGAACUUCGCGACUCUCGCUCAAAGAGGAUACUACAACGGCGUCAUCUUCCACCGCAUCAUCCCGGAUUUCAUGAUCCAAGGCGGUGAUCCUACAGGCACCGGACGCGGUGGCAGCUCGAUAUACGGCGAGAAAUUCGAAGACGAAAUACACCCUUCAUUAAAGCAUACUGGAGCGGGGAUACUGAGCAUGGCCAACAGCGGGCCAAACACAAACGGAAGCCAAUUUUUCAUUACUCUCGCCCCGACGCCCUGGCUUGAUGGAAAACACACGAUAUUUGGUCGGAUAAAAAGCGGGAUGAGGGUCAUACAACGCAUGGGAUUGGUUAAGACAGAUGCUGAGGAUCGACCUCAAGAUCCGGUCAAGAUCAUCAAGGCAAGAGUCAGGGAGGAGGGCGAGGAGGAUUGA